UGUGGCGGCUGCCGGGGGCGGCGGCGGCGGCAGCGGACUGGGGAGGCGGCGGCCUGGCUCGGCCUGGCCUGGCCUGUCAGGGCGCGGGCGGCGGCGGCUCCGGCUCCGGCUCCGGCACCAUGUCCCUGCAGUACGGGGCAGAGGAGACGCCCCUCGCCGGCAGUUACGGCGCGGCGGACUCGUUCCCAAAGGACUUCGGCUACGGCGUGGAGGAGGAGGAAGAGGAGGCUGCAGCCGGGGGUGGCGGGGUUGGGGCGGGGGCCGGUGGAGGCUGUGGCCCGGGGGGUGCUGACAGCUCCAAGCCGAGGAUUCUGCUCAUGGGGCUCCGGCGCAGCGGCAAGUCUUCCAUCCAGAAGGUGGUGUUUCAUAAAAUGUCGCCCAAUGAGACCCUCUUUUUGGAAAGUACCAACAAGAUUUACAAAGAUGACAUUUCUAAUAGCUCCUUUGUGAAUUUCCAAAUAUGGGAUUUUCCUGGGCAAAUGGACUUUUUUGACCCAACUUUUGACUAUGAGAUGAUCUUCAGGGGAACAGGAGCAUUGAUAUAUGUCAUUGAUGCACAGGAUGACUACAUGGAGGCUUUAACAAGACUUCACAUUACUGUUUCUAAAGCCUACAAAGUUAAUCCAGACAUGAAUUUUGAGGUUUUUAUUCACAAAGUUGAUGGUCUGUCUGAUGAUCACAAAAUAGAAACACAGAGGGAUAUUCAUCAAAGGGCCAAUGAUGACCUUGCAGAUGCUGGGCUAGAAAAACUCCACCUUAGCUUUUAUUUGACUAGUAUCUAUGACCAUUCAAUAUUUGAAGCCUUCAGUAAGGUGGUGCAGAAACUUAUUCCACAACUGCCAACCCUGGAAAACCUAUUAAAUAUCUUUAUAUCAAAUUCAGGUAUUGAAAAAGCUUUUCUCUUCGAUGUUGUCAGCAAAAUCUACAUUGCAACCGACAGUUCUCCUGUGGAUAUGCAGUCUUAUGAACUUUGCUGUGACAUGAUUGAUGUUGUAAUUGAUGUGUCUUGUAUAUAUGGGUUAAAGGAAGAUGGAAGUGGAAGUGCUUAUGACAAAGAAUCUAUGGCCAUCAUCAAGCUGAAUAAUACAACUGUUCUUUAUUUAAAGGAGGUGACUAAAUUUUUGGCACUGGUCUGCAUUCUUAGGGAAGAAAGUUUUGAACGAAAAGGUUUAAUAGACUACAACUUCCACUGUUUCCGUAAAGCUAUUCAUGAGGUUUUUGAGGUUGGUGUGACUUCUCACAGGAGCUGUGGUCACCAGAGCAGUGCCCCCAGCCUGAAAGCGUUGACACACAACGGCACGCCGCGAAAUGCCAUCUAGCCUGAAUGCCAGCGGUCAGGGCUCCGUGCUGGCUUAUUCUUCACUCCAGGGUCAGAGGCCAUGUGCUACAGGACAUGGAAGUUGCCGCUUGUGGGAAUCUGGUGCCUGUCCCACUAGAGACAAGGGGUAGAGUUUCUCAUUCGGAUGAAAACUCCUUCAACCAGUGGUGUGCAACUGAAGAUACUCUCUCUCUCUUUUUUAAAAAAAAAAAAAAGAAAAGGCAAAAAAGAAUUCUAGACACCACAGAACUGAAGUGUGUUUUUCUCCUCUUUGGUGGCCUACUUUAAGUAGUUGGGAUGUUUUGGACCUGGAGAUAACACCGCUUACCUAUCCUUACCAGGGAAUGUUACCAGUUGAAAAUAAUAGAACUGAAGUUUUCUAUGCUUUGCUUAGAUUUUCAUUUGAGUAGUCGCUCAAAAUUCUGCCUUGCUUAAGUUCUAACCCUGCCUCCCAGAGUUCAGUUUUGGACCUUGCACACCUCAGACCUUCGAAGUGCAUUUGCUCGCUAAUUCAGAGGACACGUGGUCUGACUGCAGCAAAGGACAGUCCUGUAUGUUUCUGCAGGAAUGAGAAAAUUUUACGCUGCAUCAAGUCGAGAGCAAGGCUCAACAGUGGCUGCUGCAUUAGGUUUCUUGAAAGUAUCGGGAAACAAACUUUUGAAACAGAAGAAAAUUUUUGCACCUGUGUUUUGGGUACCAGAUACCUGGGUUCCUUCUCAUGUAUUAGAUAAAUGAUUCUGAUCACUGUAACAAAGGAAAUUAAAAAAAAAAUUGUUUUCCCCACAGUCUCCUCCUAGGAGAGAAACUCAUGUCAUUGAAAUACUUAGCUCACUUUUCUUUAAAACUUGUUACCAGUUGCCACAUACUUUUUUAUUCUGAGCUAUCAAGAUCCUUUCAGAAUUGCUGUCCUGUUGACCGUGAGUGACCCUAAGGCACUGGCGGACUGUCCACUGGAUGUGGCGUCAUGACUUGUGUCGUUAAAACCUUCUUCAUCUCCAGUAUUCAGAUGCCAAGUGUCAGCUGUGGUACUUUCUUCACCUAGGAUAUUAAUUCAUAAUUGUUUCUUUUUGUUGAAAGUUGAUACCCUCCCCAUCGGUUUAAACUUCCAUGUUAUUUUUACUUCACAUGCCCAGUAGUCCUAUCUUCCAAAGCCACUGGACCACUUGAGUACAUAAGUGCCACUGUUUAAUGAAAUAUGUAUAUUCAGGUCUGUAAACCUAACUGUGUGACUUGGAGUGCUUCCUGCAGACGAUUCUGACUGUUGAGUAUUUACAUGGACCAUGGUGAUAUCCAAAAGAGAAGUGCUUUUAUAUUUAUAGAUUAUUUCAUUGAACUAUAUGAAAUGGGUAUCAAUAAAUGUAUUUACUCCAGAA